AACACGUUUUCACCCAAUAAACAAUUCUUUCCUCCAUCAUCUCCUCUUCCUCAGGCCGCCGGCAUGUCGUCGGAACCAAUCUCCGGCCAUCACCUCGUCCUUCUAUCUCUUCUUUGCUUGGUAUGUCACUCUUCUUCCCAAUCUGACCAGCUUCAACCUCUUCUAAAAUUCAAAUCUGCUCUCUCAAAUUCUAACUCACAAGUGUUUAAAACAUGGAACGGAGAAACCCCCAUCUGCAACUUCACGGGGAUUGUCUGUGGUUCUGAUGAUUCCGUCAAAGAAAUCAAUCUUUCGCAGCAACAACUCGUGGGGACUCUUCCGUUUGAUUCGAUUUGUUCUCUGCAAUCACUCGAGAAAAUCUCUCUUGGAACAAAUCUUUUGUAUGGUAAUAUCAGUAACCACUUAUCGAAUUGCACCCACUUACAGUACCUAGAUUUGGGACAGAAUUUCUUCUCCGGCGAAGUCCCGGAUUUAUCUCCGUUAACCCAGCUCAAGUUCUUGAACUUAAACCUCAGUGGUUUUUCCGGGAAAUUUCCAUGGAAAUCGCUCGAAAAUCUUACUGGACUUGCUUUCUUGAGUUUAGGAGACAACCCGUUUGAUAAAAGUCCUUUUCCUUUGGAAGUAUUAAAGCUUCAGAAGCUAUACUCUCUUUACCUUUCAAACUGUAGCAUUGAAGGGAAAAUACCGGAAGAAAUUGGAAACCUCACCCUGUUAGAAAGUUUUGAGCUGUCCGAUAACUACUUGGUCGGAGAGAUUCCGGUGGGAAUCACGAAGCUUACAAAGCUUCAGAUGCUUGAGCUCUACAACAAUGAACUUUCUGGGAUUCUUCCGGGUGGGUUCAGGAACCUCGUAAAUCUUUCAUGGUUUGAUGUUUCGAAUAACAGUCUUGAAGGUGAUCUUUCGGAGUUACGGAGCCUGACUAAAAUGGAAUCUCUACAGUUGUUUGAAAACAGUUUUCACGGUACAAUCCCUGAAGAAUUCGGAGAAUUCAAAUUUCUAACGCAAUUUUCGAUCUAUGAUAACAAGUUCACCGGAGAACUCCCUGCAAGAAUUGGGUCUUGGGCUAAUUUUCAAUACAUAGAUGUAUCAGAGAACUUUUUGACUGGUUCGAUUCCACCGGACAUGUGCAAAAUGGGGAAAAUGGAAAAGUUUUUGAUGCUUGAGAACAAUUUCACAGGCGGGUUGCCGGAGAAUUAUGCCGGCUGCUCUUCCUUGCUUCGGUUGAGAGUGAGUAAUAAUUCACUUUCCGGCAGAGUUCCAGAUGGGAUUUGGAGUUUGCCCAAUUUAAGAAUGAUUGAUCUUGCACUGAAUCAGUUUGAGGGUCAAGUGCCACCAAAUAUUGGUGAAGCAAAGUCAUUGGCACAACUUCUUCUAGGAAACAAUCAGUUUUCCGGUGAAUUGCCGGAGGAAAUAACCAAGGUUACAUCUCUGGUGGAAAUUGAGUUGCUUUCGAAUCAGUUUUCUGGUAAAAUUCCAUCAAGAAUUGGUGAGUUGAAGAAGCUAAGCAAUCUACAUUUGCAAGAUAACAUCUUUUCCGGUGCUAUUCCGGAGUCUUUGGGUUCAUGUACCUCUCUUGAUGAGAUAAACCUUGCCGGAAAUUCACUAUCCGAUCAAAUUCCGGCGAGCCUUGGUUCUUUACCGAGCUUGAACUCUUUAAACCUAUCGACUAACAAACUUUCUGGUGAAAUUCCGGCGAGUUUGUCAUCGUUGAAAUUGAGCCUUAUUGACUUGUCAAACAACAUGUUGAUUGGGCGUGUACCGCAGCCUCUCAUAUUAAUGGCUUACAGUGACAGCUUCGCCGGAAAUCCAGGGUUAUGUGCCGAUGGACGUAAAGAUCUCCGGCCAUGUUCACCGGUUUCUCACAAAUCCGGCCAAUUAAAAGUUGCAGUAUAUUGCUUCAUUGCUGGUGCUGUUGUGUUACUGUUGUCGUUAUCAGGUUUUCUCAUCGUAAAGUUACGGCAAAACGACGACAAAAGUCCGAUGAAUCGGGGGUUUUCAUGGGAUGUAAAACAAUUUCAUGUUCUAAAGAUUAGUGAAGAUGAGGUAAUAAGAUCCCUAAAACAAGAAAAUAUAAUCGGAAAAGGCGGCUCCGGCAACGUCUAUAAAGUCGUUCUGAGAUGCGGGGAACAACUAGCCGUGAAACACAUGUGGAAGUCCGAACCCGAUUCCGGUAGUUGGAGGAGUAGCCGGAGUAGCGCUGCAAUUUUACCGAAAGGGAAAAGCCAGUGGCGGGAGUAUGAAGCCGAGGUGGCCGCUUUGAGUUCACUUCGGCACAUGAACGUGGUCAAAUUGUAUUGUAGCAUCACGAGUGAGGACUCGAAUCUAUUGGUAUACGAGUAUAUGCCAAACGGGAGCUUGUGGGACCGGCUACAUACGUAUCAGAAGAUCGAGAUGGAUUGGAAUGUUAGGUAUGAUAUCGCCGUGGGGGCGGCAAGGGGGUUGGAGUAUCUACAUCACGCUUGCGAUAGACCAGUGAUACAUCGCGACGUGAAGUCGAGCAAUAUUUUGUUGGAUGAAGAGAUGAAGCCAAAAAUAUCCGAUUUUGGUCUAGCCAAGAUCGUGCAAACAGGAAAGGCCAUGGAUUCGAGCCAUGUCAUUGCGGGAACAUAUGGUUACAUCGCUCCUGAAUACGGAUACACAUAUAAUGUAACGGAGAAAAGUGACGUGUAUAGUUUUGGGGUUGUGCUGAUGGAGUUGGUAACGGGAAAAAAGCCCGUGGAAGCCGAGUUUGGCGAAAACAAGGACAUAGUUCAAUGGGUUCAUAGCAAAAUGAGAAGCAAAGAGGAUGCGAUGGCGUUGGUGGAUUGUAGCAUCACGAAGGACGCACAAGAGGAGGCGGUUGAGGUGUUGAGCAUUGCGGUCCAUUGCACGAUGAAGGUUCCGGCGUUGAGGCCCUCGAUGAGGAUGGUGGUGAAAAUGUUGGAAGAAAUCGAGCCUAAGUCGCUUGCCGAGAUAGUAAUCGAUAAAAAGGGCGAAAACGGAAAUUCAUAUGGUAAAAGCUGAUAUUUUUUUUUGUGAAGGAAUGAGGUGAGGAAAAUGUUGAAACGAUGAUCGUAAAAGUAUAAUCAUCGUUACGUUUUUGUAGUUGUAUAUUUAAGUUAUGUAAUUAUUGUUUCCGUUGUAUCAUACGUUAAAAGAUUACGUACUUCUACAAAAUAAUGUACGACUUUCAAUAAGUGUAAUUUUGCUAUGAGGUUUAGUGGAAUCUUUAAAGGGACCUUAACUUCGAUAAGUUCA